AAGACUGAGAAACACGAAUCGCAAACCGAUUACUCGAAAGGAUUCGGCGGUAAAUACGGCGUUCAAACGGAUCGCAAGGAUAAGGAGGCGCACGGAUGGGACGAAGUGACCAAAACUGAGAAACACUCGUCACAGACCGACUCCAGUCGUGGAUUCGGCGGGAAGUUUGGCGUUGAGUCGGACAGAGUUGAUAAGUCGGCCCACAGUUGGGCGCCAGAAAGCGAAGGCCCCAAAGGGGGACAGAGAGGUUCGGCCGCCGGCGCCGACAAACCGGCCGUCUCUAAGGGAAGUGCUAAUAGUUUGAGAGCGAGAUUUGAGAAUAUGGCCCGAAAUGACGAGUCGGAAGUGAAACGCAGGGCCGAAGAGGAGAGGACCAGACGUCUGGAGCGCGAGAAAGAGGAGAAGGAGGCGGCGAAGAAGGCGGAGGAAGACAGGCAACAGAAGUUGAAGCUCGAGAUCGAACAACGAGGCGGUGAUAGCAAUGAUGAGGAGCCGGAAGAGCGACAGGAAAGGGAGGAAAGGGAACAGUCGUACAGAGAGUCGGUGUCGAGUCCGCGCGUUAACAAAAUCGGCAUUUCUGUGUUCCCGAUGGCGUCGCCUAAGACCGCGUCUGAGCCCGAAGUCCGCACUUCAUAUGUGGCCCGAGAAGAGGUUCAAGAGAGCGAUGACUCUAAAUGGGAGGCCAGAGAAGAGUCCAUUCGGCAGUCCAUGACUUUAGCCAAUGAAGUGAUGACUAAAGUGACGAAUCCUGAGCCCAAAGAAGAGGAGGAGAGACAGGAUUUCGGAGAAAAGUCGACUCCGAGUAAUAAUAAUAACGGUUCGCCGACAGGAAUGACGGCUACGGCUCUAUACGACUACGAAGCGGCCGAUUUCGAUGAGAUUAGUUUCGAUCCCGAAGAGCUGAUCACCGAUAUAGAGAUGAUCGACGAGGGCUGGUGGCGCGGCCGGUGUCGCGGCAAAGUCGGCCUCUUUCCCGCCAAUUAUGUCCAAUUGAACCAAUGA